AUGGACCUUCUAUCUCCAGGCAACGUGUUUGCUUGCGUUGUCGUGGACCUUGACACUGGGAUGAAAAUCUUCGAAUACAUGUUUGCCACGAGCUCUCCAGUGGCAAAGAUCGAACCAGCACGCACCGUUGUGGGGAAUGAGGUACUGGGGGCAAAAGUGGCAUCCUUCUCUUCGAGAGGGCCAUCACGUGAUUACCCCGACAUUAUCAAGCCUGACAUAGCCGCGCCUGGAGCCAACAUCUUGGCAGCAGUGAAAGAUUCCUACAGAUUUAAUUACGGCACAUCGAUGGCUGCCCCACACGUAUCGGGCAUCGUCGCACUGUUGAAAGCUCAGCACCCAGACUGGUCUCCUGCUGCGAUAAAAUCAGCCAUCAUCACCACAGCCCAUGUAACAGACGAGCGCGGCAUGCCCAUACUAGCGGAAGGGGUGCUGCGGAAGACGGCCGACCAAUUUGACUACGGAGGUGGCAACAUCAACCCCGGCGGUGCGACUGAUCCCGGCCUGGUCUACGACAUCAAUCCCCGCGACUACAACAGAUUCUUUGGGUGCACCAUCGUCAGGAGGACGAAUGUGAGCUGUGACGCGAUGGCGCUACCAGCAUACCAUCUAAACCUGCCGUCCAUCGCGGUGCCUGACCUGAGGCGCCCCAUCACCGUGCGGAGGACAGUAACGAACGUUGGUGAUGUCAACUCUGUCUACCACGCAGAAGUUCAGAGCCCUGCUGGAGUCAGGAUGGAGGUUGAGCCCCUAGUGCUCAUCUUCGACGCCACGAACAAAGUUCGUUCAUUUAAGGUGAAUUUGUCACCUAUGUGGAAGCUGCAAGGGGACUACACCUUUGGCAGCAUUACUUGGCGUAAGGACCAGAAGGUGGUGAGGAUUCCUGUUGCGGCCCGAAUGACGAUUCAGGAUUUCUAUGCAGAUGUUGCAUAA